GGUUCUAACCGGCUGCAGUGUUGGUACCGCCAGCUGAUUGCAGUCGUUCGGUCACGGUCGUCCUGACCUAAAGCACAUUCACUCCGGGGCGGUCCUUUUCGGUUCGGGUCGGUUCCGUUCGGUUCGGUCCACGCUGCUGGAUGACGGUGACCCCGUGUGCGUAUUCGCGUGCAGGCCAAGAACAAAGAGCCGUUGUAGUUAUAGUUUAAAUCGCCCAAUGUUCUAAGGGUAGAAAAUUGGUCAUCGAGAAGAAGGAAGCGUUUCCCGUUCGUUAAGCAAACCAGAUUCUAGCGAAGAAAGUUUCCAUUACGUGUGUGAGUGUUUGUUGUAGUGUAACAAAAACAAAUAAAAAAGGGAAAACCCGUUCAAUUGACCGUUUAUCGAUCCAAUAUUCAUGAGCGGUAACGAUUCGCCAGCCAUCACUACUGUUUGGUGCAAUAUAGCGAGAGCGAGCUGCCCAUCAAAUCAAUUCUGUUUGUCGAGAAAUGACCGGAGUUCGGCACAGCCCAACCGCUUCAAAUCGCAUUGAGCAUUCCGACCGAUGCAGUUGACACUGUCGUGUAGGCAAGUGAGCUGCCAAACAGUUCCAGCUCCACUGGUGCAUUGUGUAAUCGAUAGCAGCAACAACAGCGGCAACCCUAAGCUACGAGCUUUACUAAUCCGGUUUGUGUGGCACAUAUUAGUGGUUGCGUGUACAUUGUAUCGGAUCUGGCACCCGAGAGAAAUGGUGCAAAAGGGGAAAACGAUACCCUCCCUACCACGCAUCGAGUGAAAAGUCCCGCCGGGAGUUUCCACCGGCAGUAACGGGUUUGACACAAUUAAAAGUUUUACUCCCAGCCCGUGUGAUGUAAAGUGAGGCCCGGUGUAAGUGGGUAGGCACAGAGUGAUAGGAAAAUUAUGGUUGUCACCCCGAUCGUACAAUUACCAGCGACCGUAAUAUUAUAGCUUACGUUCGGAAAAAGGUCAUAACAGGCUAGGGGCAGCAACCAUCAGCAGGAAAAAACCGUUGUGCAACAUUGUCCUAGGUCCUGCCCCGGUUGGAUUGAUAUAACUGGGAAGCCAUCCUCAAACCCCGCGGACAAUCGGGGAGUCGGAAACAAUCGGAGCCGGAAAAUUCCAAAACACUCAUUGAAUGGAAAUAAGAGAAAACAGCGAGCAGCACAAAGACGAUGCGUUUCGAGAGAUCAUUGCUAGCUGCCGGUCGCUGAGCAAGUAUGAGACGAACAUCAAGUCCGCCCUGCCCCAGAUCCUGUCGGCGAUUGUGGCCGCCUCGUUUCACAUUGUCAUUGGCAUCUCGCUGGCGUACUCGGCCAUCCUGAUCCCGCAGCUGGAGCUGCCCGGCAGCGACAUACCGAUCACGAAAGGCCAAUCGUCAUGGAUCGCGUCGAUUAUCGUGAUCAUGGUACCGAUCGGUUCGCUGGUCGCUGGCGUGAUGAUGGAGUUUCUCGGCCGGCUCAACACGAUCAAGCUGGCCGCGGUGCCGUGUGUGGCGGGCUGGGUUGCGAUUGCGCUGGCCAACAACUUCACCUGGAUCAUGGUUGGGCGUGUGCUGACCGGUUUUGCCUGUGCGCUUGGCACCAGCCCAGCGAUCGUGUACAUUACGGAGGUGGCCCGGCCCGAUAUGCGCGGUUCGCUGAUCUCUUCCGGUCCUACGCUAGCUUCGUUGGGAAUGGUUAUUGCCUACGCCAAGGGAGCGUUUAUGGAUUGGCGGACGGUGUCCUGGAUUUGCAUCAUCUACACCAUUGUGCCGGUGCUUCUAAUUCAGCUGUUCGUGCCCGAAUCACCUGUGUGGUUGGUGUCGAAGGGACGCAUCGAAGAUGCAGCACGGUCACUGCGAUUCCUGUACAAAAAGUACCCACAACCAGAGCAUACGGACCAACCACUGUCGGAGAUGCAUCUGAACGCGUUGCUGAAGGAGCGUGAAACCAAGCUUGCCGAGGCGCAGCGGAACGUUAACCGGCACGGUGUGCAGCAGUCGAAACUGCGCGGCUUCCUAAGACCCACCGGCUACAAACCGAUGAUCAUCCUGUUUUGGUUCUUCCUGAUCCAGCAGUUCAGUGGCAUCUACAUCACGCUCUUCUUCGCCGUAACCUUCAUCCAAGACGUCGGCACCGAGGUGAACGCGUUCACGGCCUCCAUCUUCGUGGGGUUGACGCGCUUCACGAUGUCACUGCUGAACGCUUGGCUGCUGAAGCGAUUCCCCCGGCGCCAGCUGGUCAUGGUCUCCACGACCGGUAUGGCCAUUUGCAUGUUUGUAUCGGGGCUGUUUACGCUGUGGAUCAAGGAGGGUACGACGACGCUGACCUGGAUUCCGGUCGUCGGUUUGCUGCUGUACGUGUGCUCCUCCAUGAUCGGGCUGCUUACCAUACCCUGGACGAUGACGGCCGAACUGUUUCCGACGGAAAUUCGCGGCAUCGCUCACUCGAUAUCGUACUCGAUGGCGAACCUGCUGAUGUUCUUUGCCGUCCAGAGCUACAGAACCAUAACCGAUCUGCUCGGUGGAGCGUACGCCGUGCAGUGGAUGUUUGCCGUCGUGUCUGUGAUCGGAUUUUUCUUCGCCCUCUUCUUCCUGCCGGAAACGCAGGGCAAGAGUUUGGCCGAGAUCGAAGCGUACUUCGCCGGGAAAGCGCAACCUCAACGCGUACCGACUGAACCAGCGGCCAAACCGUCCGUGACGGAGCAUCUGAUACGUAGCCCGAGUCGGGAGGCGAAGCUGAAGGAGGUUGAGCUGAUGCUGAAGAACAAAAAUGGAGCUUAAACUGGAAUAGGGCAAGGCAGAACACGUUUACAGGAAUAAGUGUGAAUUGUGCACGAUACGGUACGACAACGCAAAAAAAAAACGGGCCGGAACUGACAAAUGGCAAACAGUUUUGCUGAAAGAUGCUGUGGACGCAGUUGUACUUAAUGUAGGCUACGCUAAGAAAAUAGCACAACGAAUUAAUCGAGAAACUGCCCCGCCUGGAAGUGUCGUGGUGUAUGUGCCGUAUGCAAAGGAGAUGCUGUUUUGAUGUAUGAGGCAAUACAUCAACAACUUACACAAAAAAACGUAUUUAUUUUUAGUAUUUUGAAAUUCCGCAACACCUUAACAAGCGUCGAAUCGCGGGUCAGAAAGAGAGAAAUCGAGCGAGUUAGACGCAAUGCCUCUAACCUGCCAGCAAGGCGAUAGAUUUUUGAAGGUGUACUGAGAGCGUGGUUGUUGUGUUUUCUAAUUGAUUGAUCACUUUCGUUUGGUGCCGCUGUACAGAGCAGCGCGCAAACGAUUCGGCAGACUGAGUUUGAUGAAGCCAUACCAGCAUGAGGACAAAAUCUAGCACCACACACACACACCACACUGGUGAAGCCAUUUAAUGCAAUCCAAGUUCAAACACACAGUGUAUUAAUCGUAUUCGAAGUAUUUGCAAGUGCGUAGAUAUAUUAGUUCUAAAAUAAACUUGUUGAAUGAAAGUGCGACCGAAAA